AUGCCUUUCUCUGCAACCAAGUUUUCGCACUCUCUUCUUGCGGUUCCUGUGAACUCCUCAACUCCAAGAUCCAAUGAGAAAUCAAUCUCUUUCUCUUCUGAUCUCUUCAAACACAACCCUUCUUCUUCAUCUUUCCUUGGAUCCACAAAGUUUCUUCGUUUCAGUUCUCUUACUAAGCCGUUUCUUCAUCGCCGUUUAUCAUCGCCUGUUGCUGUUCUUCUUCAACAGACCUCCAAUUUGCUUAUUACUAAAGAGGAAGGGCUAGUGCUUUAUGAAGACAUGGUAUUAGGGAGGUCCUUUGAAGACAAGUGUGCUGAGAUGUAUUAUAGAGGCAAAAUGUUCGGUUUCGUUCACUUGUACAACGGCCAAGAAGCUGUGUCAACUGGAUUCAUCAAGUAUUUGAGGAAAGAAGAUUGCAUCGUGAGCACAUACAGAGACCAUGUUCAUGCGUUGAGUAAAGGGGUCCCUUCUCGAGCUGUGAUGAGUGAACUCUUUGGGAAGGCAACAGGAUGCUGCCGAGGUCAAGGUGGUUCGAUGCAUAUGUUCUCAAAAGAACACAAUGUGCUUGGCGGUUUUGCAUUCAUCGGUGAAGGAAUUCCAGUGGCCACCGGUGCAGCGUUUUCCAUGAAGUACAAAAGAGAGGUGUUGAAUCAGGCGGAUUCUGAUAACGUGACAUUGGCGUUUUUCGGAGAUGGGACUUGUAAUAACGGACAGUUCUUCGAGUGUUUGAAUAUGGCUGCUUUGUGGAAAUUGCCGAUAGUGUUUGUAGUGGAAAAUAAUUUGUGGGCCAUUGGGAUGUCGCAUCUCAGGGCAACUUCGGAUCCUCAAAUAUGGAAAAAAGGUCCAGCUUUCGGAAUGCCGGGAGUUCAUGUCGACGGGAUGGAUGUUUUGAAGGUCAGAGAGGUGGCGAAGGAGGCAAUUGAUAGAGCUAGAAGAGGAGAGGGACCGACUCUUGUUGAAUGCGAGACUUAUAGAUUUAGAGGACAUUCAUUGGCUGAUCCUGAUGAGCUUCGUAACCCUGCUGAGAAGGAACACUAUGCUGGUAGGGAUCCCAUCACUGCAUUGAAGAAAUACCUUUUUGAGAACCAACUAGCCACUGAACAAGAAUUGAAAACAAUAGACAAGAAAAUCGACGAGAUCCUUGAAGAGGCCGUUGAGUUUGCCGAAAAGAGCCCUCAGCCACAGCGCAGCCAGCUUCUAGAGAAUGUGUUUGCCGAUCCGAAAGGUUUUGGAAUUGGACCGGAUGGCAGGUAUAGAUGUGAAGAUCCAAAGUUUACAGAAGGCACUGCUCAUGUCUAA